AUGCAGCCAGGACAAAUUCUGGUAAACUUUCACUGCGAGUGCGCAAAAGUCCUACCCGACCCGGACGCGGAUGAUGGCAAGCCUGCAUAUCAGCAUGUUUAUACGCACGUUAUAAUUACUAUGGCAGGGCUUUGUUCUUCUAACCUCCACGUGGAAACGCCAAUUCCUUCAAUGAGAUUUGAGAUGGAAAUGCUAACCGCAAGGUGUGAAAACUAUCCAGCAUAUUAUGAGGUGCCGAUAUUGAUUUCAAGAUCUUCGGAGGGAGCCAACUCAAGACAAUCUAGUGGGAUUGGGAAGAAUGUACGGGCUAUACGGCGGCCGGCCUUUUUGCCUCAACGGCGUCGGCCAUGCCUAGUCCGAGUCCCAAACGGCGAAGGAGUACCAGUCUUACCGCUUGCAUGGCGCAGCAAAGUUCAUUCCGAAGGAAAAUCGAUUUUCGAGAAUAUCCCGAAAUUUAAUUUCAUAGAUGAAAAUCUCGAACGAGUUCCCUCUGAUUCUUUGAAUAGGAAUGCGGGUUUCAGCCAGCGGGAACCUGCAGCUGGAUCUUGUCCUGUUAUUUUUGCUUCACCCACAGGAAGUUUGCUGUUUUCGUACACUGCAUAUCCUGCAAACAAGAGAUGA